AUGGGGGAUGAUAAUGGAGCUCCCAGUGACGCCCGGGGCAGUGACAGACAUUGUUUACAUUGCAAUAAGAUCUUUCAAAUUGUCCACAGCGGCCAUCGCUGCUGCUCCCAAGAAUGUACCAAAGCUCGACAAUUACUAAACCGUCAGUCUGCCAAUACGUCCUCGGCCUCUGCCAGUGGUGGCAACAAGAGGAAGAAAGAUCCCCACUCCCCAGACAAGCCGGAUGCUAUUGAUAUGAAGAAGUCCAAGGCUGACUCUGCUACCACCUUCAUUGCUGAACUUCCACUUGCCACCAUCAAUUCGCUAAGUAAAACUGAACUUGUAUCUCGUCUAAGCUUUGCUCUGAACCUAUUAGAGAACCAAAUUGUUGACAUCUGUGAGCUAGAACUCAUGGUCACCCGACUCGGUGAUGACCAUGUCUCUGAUCUCGAAUCUCAAGUCUCCUGUCUCAAAACUGAUCUAGAGAGUAAGGUAGAGGAAAUUAGUGUACUAAAGAAUGAGGCGGUGCAAAUGAAAGUAGCUUUUGCUGACGGUCUUUUAAGCCUCCAACGUGCUAGCCCUACCGGCCUUGCUGGUUCGUCCUUCUCAGGUACAUCAAGUCAUGGUCCGUCCUAUGCUUCUGUCGCUCGUGGUAACUCAUCCGGCUCUGUUUUGGUAGCCAAAUGUGCCGAUGCCUCUGCUCCUCCUUUGAAUGUCCAGGCUGUUGAGGAGUUGCUUGAUACUCCAAACAGCGGUUUGAUCCCCUCGCAUGUUCGUUUUAAAAACAAUAAGAUGUUUGUCACCCUGGACAAUGAGGUGGCAGUUGCAAAGGCAGCAGCUCUUCUUAACAACAAACCCGAUUUUAGUAGCCGUUUUGAACCAGCUAGCAAGCUAAAUGUGUCUUUCCCUGUUGUGGCCCUCUUUGUUAAUAUUUCGGAUGUAAACGCCCUUAAGGUGGAGCUAGAACAUCGUAAUAGCGCCUUACGUGGGCAGAUACACUCCGUUAAAGUGAUCUACACCAAGCCACAGACCACGGAAGGACACGUUAAGAUUUUUCUUAAAUCCAGGGCUGUCAGAGACCUCAUUCUGGACCAGCGUAGGGCAUCGAUCUCGUGAACCUACUACCGUAUAGUACCAGUUGAUCUGAACAGGGAGGUUAGACGCUGUUUUAAAUGUCAAAGAUACGGACACAUCCAGAGAGACUGCUCAGCUAGGUUUGUAGCUUGUGGGAAGUGUGCAGAGAGGCAUGGCACGAAAGAGUGCACCUCUGUGGUUUUAAAAUGCGUUAACUGCAAUGGCUCGCACCAAUCUGGCCACAACACUUGCAGUGAGCAGGUGAAAGCGGUUGAGCGAGCCGGGAAACCUGUCUGUAUGCACAUUUCUAACUCUGCUGCAUGUGUUGAGUUGACAACGAACAAAGGCCCAUUACGCCUAUCCUCCGUCUACCUCCGUCCCUCUAUUGUGGAUUUUUCGGCCACGACCCUGACCAUCCUUGAGGCACUCUCUGCUCCCUUUUCGAUAAUCGGUGCUGAUUCCAAUGCAAGAUCUCGGAUGUGGGACAGCCCUUUCAAUGAUAAGCGUGGUUCUGAUCUGGAGUCUCUGCUGACCUGCUCUAACCUAAGAGUUGUCAAUCAACCUCACUCUGAGCUUGAUUUUGUUCCUGCCGGGACAUCUUUUGUCGAUCUUACCCUCGCAGGUGAUAAAGACUGGUCAAAUAGCAAAAAUGCUCAAAAUGAAAUGCUGUACCGUCGUAGCAAAGCAGGGUAUCAGCGGGAACUUAGAGCUGCUAAACGUAGAGCUUGGGAGAAAGCUAGGACGAAUGCGACCAAUGGGGAUAUGUUCCGUGUCCUAUCUGAGUUCGCGGGAAAAACUAAGUCUAUCUCUCUACCUUCUGAAGUAUCUAUCGAUGGAGCUCUAUCCGCAGAUCCGAUUUUGAUUGCAGAGGGCUGUGCCAGACAUUUCUUUCCUGUUGAACCCCCGUCUCAAUCAACUCACUCAGCAGUGGAAAGUGAAGCCUGUUGCCUCCGGCAAUCUUUUGGUUACGAUAGGAAACGCUUACGAUUUCUCUACUCCUCCACCGUUGAGCCCAUCUUCACAUACGGUUGCUCUGUCUGGGCUUCCGUUUUACGCACAAAGGCCGGUUCAAAGAAGAUCCGUUCGUUUCAGCGGUUGAUCUGCCGGAUGAUUACGCGCUCGUUCAAAACGGCCCCUACCGAAUCGCUCAUUAUCUUAUCCAAUAUGCUUCCACUUGAUCUCCGCAUACUGGAAAUAGCCACUUCUCGUCUGCUCUCUCAACCGGCUGGUGAGUUUGUCAAAUCAUCUAGCAAACUAAUCCUUAAGCGUCUCCCCCAUGAACUUAUGCACAAAAAGAGUGAACGAGUCAGUACAUUUCUUUCUACUCAACACCCACCGUGGAGAAUUUGUCUCUACUCCUCUAGCCUCUCUUACGCGUCUGUCGAUCUUUUUCCAUGCGCGCUAAACACCCUCCGCUGCUAUAUUCGUGUGUUUCUGAACUCUGGCGCUGCUGGACUUUGCGUAGUCUUCACAAACUCCGCGGCUGUAAUCAGGAUACUUAAUCUGUCGCUACCCCCCUCAAUCUCUUUCCGCAGUGGACUGAGCGUCGCUCUUGCUGAGGCCAUUGAGACUAUAAAGGAGCUGAGGCCUAAGUAUACCAGCAGUGAAAUUAUCUUAGUUGAAAGGCUCGUAAUGCUCAGUCCGGCCGCUACACUUUCUCUGAUGGAGGUGAGCAACCUUGAUCUUCUGGCAAAACUCGGCAACUCUUGUCAUGUCUUCACUGCUGCCAAUCCAAACUCACCUGGUCUCGCCCUAGCUAGCUUCUGGGCCAAAUAUCCCUCUCCGUUUACAACUCGAUACGCCCCGGUCUCCCCGAAGGCUAUUCAGAAAGAGCUCUCGAAAUACGUAUGGAAUAUGUGGAAUAAGGAGUGGGUGUCAUUGUCAACCAACUUGAGCGUAAAAGCCUUCUUCCCUGAUGUGUACUCCGCCAACAGGCUCCUCAAAGUAAAAACUAGUGCAAUCUCUACCCAGCUACUCACAGGCCACUGCCCCCUAAAUGCUCACCAACAUCGGCCUCUUGAAGCAUAUCUUAUUUGCUCUGUUCCGGUGGCUAGGAAUGGGGUCCGGGAGCGCGCGUUCCCGUUGGCCACCCAUCCAGCCACCGGAGACUAUGGUCUCACUGCCAGCGUGAGGGCUCUCUUGGACAGACUAGCGCUUUCCUCGGAGACGCCCUCUGCUCGCUUCUCGUGAACCAGUAGCUCAAUUUUAUGAAAUCAGCCACUAGAGUACAGUGUUGUCAUUGUUGAUGGUCUGGUAUUUUAAUUUAGCCCCUCUCCUAUUCUCUCUAAUAAUAUCAGCUCGUCAGGCCGGGGCUCUGGGAACUGCUGUCGGGAACCCAUAGGGGAAUGUAGCUAUGCCGGCGACCACCGGCUGGUGGUCUAGAAGGUCUAACCAAGCCGGACAGGUACUCAAAUCCCCUUUGGUCUUGCCCCGGCACGCCCGCACCAGAGCCGCCGCGCAGGCCCAGUUUCCCAAAUUUAUGUACAACUC